GCCACCACACAGCAGCAGAGCGCGACUACCAAGUUCCCGAUCCCGAAGCAGCUUCAGCUUGACCCGAGAUCGCAGCAAGCUGUCGCAGGCCCUCCGUCUCGCCCGACCCUCAACAAUGCUGGCCCCAUGUACAACCCCGGCAUCCAGCGCGCACCACCAUACACUCUCGAAGGCGAAGGCGACCGCGUGCUGAGCAAGCGCAAGCUCGACGAGCUCGUCCGCCAAGUCACCGGCUCCGCACCCGCCUCCUCCGACAGCGAAUCCUCUUCCGUCCUCAACCCCGACGUCGAAGAAUGCAUCCUCGAAAUGACCGAUAACUUCGUCGACGAGGUGAUAACAUCAGCCUGUCGACUCGCCAAGCUUCGGCCCGGUCAAACUCUCGACCUUCGCGACAUACAAAUCACUCUGGAGCGCAACUACGGCAUUCGCAUUCCUGGAUACUCGCUGGAUGAGGUGCGCACGGUCAAGAAGUUUCAGCCUGCUGCGGGUUGGACUACGAAGAUGCAGGCUGUGCAGACGGGUAAAAUUGUUAAUAACAAAGAUGCUUGAGUCUGUCAGUCUCGCAUUAGAUUGGUCUUGGGAGUAAGAAGGAUGGGUGGUGUGAUGUGAUGUGGUCCUUCUAGCGAGGUGUUUUGGCGUUUUCAUGUAGUGAUGAGAUACCUACCGCUGAAAUGGACUGCAUGGAUUGG